GAUUGGAUCUUUUACAGGACCACAUGUAACGAAAGUGAAAUCAUCAGGAAGUGGAGCGAUAACGUUUCGACAUGGCCAUAACACCUGAUCACAUCCGGGAUAAACUUAAAACGGAGCUUGCGGCGGAUUAUGUGGACGUGGAGGACAUGUCCCCCAACAGAUGUGCAACGAGCUUUAAAGUGCUUGUCGUGUCUUCCCAGUUUGAGGGCAAGCCUCUCUUGCAGAGACACAGGAUGGUGAAUACCUGCUUAGCAGAGGAGCUAAAAGACAUCCAUGCGUUGGAGCAGAAGACCCUCACGCCAGAACAGUGGGAGAAACAAAAGUCGAAAUGAUAUUGCAAAAGUCGAAAUGAUAUUGCAUCUUAUUUGGAUUGAGUGGUAAUCACACCAAGAAGCAGAAGAAGAACGUUUGCGGUUCCCACAAAGAUGGUAUUAAUGCAUUUGAAAAUGCUGCUGGCAAUAAAACGGACAGCUCCUUCUUGG